AUGGUGUCUGUUGAGGAAAUUUGUCAUGCCCAGAGAGCUCAAGGCCCGGGUAAUACAUUAGCCAUCGGGAUAGCCAACCCAGCCAAUUGCGUCUACCAAGCUGACUAUCCUGAUUACUAUUUCAAAGUAACAAAGAGCGAACACAUGACUGAUCUCAAAGAGAAGUUCAGACGAAUGUGUGAGAAGUCACAGAUAAGGAAACGUCAUAUGCAUCUUUCUGAAGAAAUCUUAAAUGAAAACCCUAGCAUUUGCGAGUACAUGGCACCUUCACUUAAUGCACGUCAAGAUAUAGUAGUCAUCGAAGUACCCAGACUUGGAAAAGAAGCUGCAUUGAAUGCAAUCAAAGAAUGGGGUCAACCAAAGUCAAAGAUCACUCAUUUAGUAGUAUGCACUACUUCGGGUGUAGACAUGCCUGUCGCCGAUUACCAGCUCUGUAAACUUCUCUGUCUUUCUCCGUCGGUGAAUGGAUUCAUGAUGUACCAACAAGGUUGUUUUGCUGGUGGGACUGUCCUAUGCCCUGCUAAGGACUUGGCCGAUAAUAACAAGGGAUCACGUAUACUUGUUGUGUGCUCUGAAAUUACAGCUGUUACGUUCCGUGGUCCAGAUGAUAUUCACUUGGAUUCCCUUGUUGGUCAAGCUCUUUUUGCCGAUGGUGCAGGUGCGAUGAUCAUCGGUGCUGACCCUGAAACUUCAAAUGAAUGCUCACUCUUUCAAGUUGUUUCUGCUACUCAAAAUAUUCUCCCUGACUCGCAUGGUGCAAUUGAUGGACACUUGCGGGAAGCUGGUCUUACUUUCCACUUGUUGAAAGAUGUUCCUGGAUUGAUCUCCACAAACAUUGAGGAAAUUUUAACCGAGGUUUUUACGCCAAUUGGCAUUAACGAUUGGAACUCUUUGUUCUGGAUCGCUCAUCCUGGUGGUCCAGCGAUUCUGGAUCAAGUUGAGUUAAAACUCGAUUUGAAAGAAGAGAAACUUAGGGCGUCUCGUCAUGUGCUGAUCGAGUAUGGUAACAUGUCGAGUGCGUGUGUUCUUUUCAUCCUGGAUGAGAUGCGAAAAAACUCGAUCGUGCAAGAAAAUUGA